AUGUCUGGGACAACGCUUGGUUUGUGGUGGGCGGAGGAGGCAGCCGCGACCACUGGAGCAGCUGGAGCUGAGUGGGGCGGUUACUCACAAUACUGCCAGGUGGUGAAGCUUGACACUCAGCACAGCCAGGUAGUGAAGCUUGACACUCAGCACAGCCAGGUAGUGAAGCUUGACACUCAGCACAGCCAGGUAGUGAAGCUUGAUACUCAGCACAGCCAGGUGGUGAAGCUUGACACUCAGCACAGCCAGGUAGUGAAGCUUGACACUCAGCACAGCCAGGUAGUGAAGCUUGACACUCAGCACAGCCAGGUAGUGAAGCUUGACACUCAGCACAGCCAGGUGGUGAAGCUUGACACUCAGCACAGCCAGGUAGUGAAGCUUGACACUCAGCACAGCCAGGUGGUGAAGCUUGACACUCAGCACAGCCAGGUAGUGAAGCUUGACACUCAGCACAGCCAGGUAGUGAAGCUUGACACUCAGCGCUGCCAGGCGAUAAAGCCAGACACUCAACGCUGCCAGGCGAUAAAGCCAGACACUCAACGCUGCCAGGCCAUAAAGCCAGACACUCAACGCUGCCAGGCGAUAAAGCCAGACACUCAACGCAGCCAGGCGAUAAAGCCAGACACUCAACGCUGCCAGGCCAUAAAGCCAGACACUCAACGCUGCCAGGCGAUAAAGCCAGACACUCAACGCUGCCAGGCGAUAAAGCCAGACACUCAACGCUGCCAGGCGAUAAAGCCAGACACUCAACGCUGCCAGGCCAUAAAGCCAGACACUCAACGCAGCCAGGCCAUAAAGCCAGACAUUCAACGCAGCCAGGCCAUAAAGCCAGACACUCAACGCUGCCAGGCCAUAAAGCCAGACAUUCAACGCUGCCAGGCCAUAAAGCUUGACACUUUGCACUGCCAGACAACAAAAUCACAAUGCAGCAACUCAAAUGAACACCACAAGUUGUGA